GAUGUGCGCGUUGUACCAUUUAUAUUCAGCACGAACUGUUCAAUUUGUCAAUUCCUUGCUCUCAUGAUAGUCUGUGAUCGAACUUCGAAGUAGGCUAGAGAGACUUAGUUUUGAACACAUCUGCUUGGAUACAUACUCCAGAAAACUAAAUUAUUGACAUCAUUAGAAAGAAUUUGAGGUGCCUGUUUGAUUCGGUCAACGGUGAGAGAUGGAAUCUUUGACGUCAACGUCGCUAAUAUUGCGUGGCUGCCUGUUGAUGGUCGUUUUGACAUGGUUGACAGGUGUUUCUCUCGGAGGCAGCUCGGGCUCUUCCUUUUCAGAUGAAGUGAAGCACAGGGAGAGACGGGCCACCGAAGAUGUUAGGGACUGUCGGAUACCAGUGAAACUUCCACCGACUGCAACGGACACCACGGAACGUCUGAGAGACCUCAGGAAGCGAAUGAGGCACAUUCGAUAUGACCUGGAUGGCUACAUUAUCCCCUACACCGACCGACACCAGAGUGAUUUUGUUGCUGACCAUGACAAACGGCUAGAAUUUAUCACUGGAUUCAAAGGAUCAGGUGGUCUGGCCAUCGUCACAACUGACGUAACAGGGGAGGACGGAAGAGCUGUUCUCUGGACAGACGGUCGUUACUGGAUCCAAAUGGAGAGAGAAGUGGACUGCAACUGGGACUUAAUGCGUCUCGGGGACGCACGUGACUUGACGCCAGUCGAGUGGGUGAUCGAAAAUAUUGUACCCAUCAACCAACAGAGUCAGAUUGCCCGAAUUGGUUACGACCCAGAGCUGCUAUCUAUACGGGAUUUUUACACCUUCAACUACACCUUCCGGGAUUAUGACUUGAAGCGGAUCAAGAUGAUUCCAUUGCCAGAUAUCCGCAUCAUCAACAACAACCCACAGUUCCCAGACCCUGACCUGAUCAACGAUGAAGACGAAGCUGACGAAAGGAACGAUUUUAUGAUUGACUACAUUUGGGCGGACAGCCUGCAGGUGGACUAUGGGUUGCGUCCGCUGGAGCCGUACGAUACCAACCUCUAUGCUGGAGAGGCAUGGGAGGACAAGAUUUACCGCAAAGACGGCAAGAAGAACCUUAGAGACAUGAUGAAAGACCAGAAAAUUGAUGCUGUUAUCAUCACCCAACUGGACGAAGUCGCAUGGUUGUUCAACUUGAGAGGAAACGAUAUCCAGUUCAACCCACUGUUCAUGUCAUUUGCAAUCAUCACCGAAAAACAAAUCAAACUGUAUUUGCAUGAUGCUACGCGGCGUCUGACCAGCCUCAUCAAAGAACAUCUUAAGAUUGGAACGGCCUAUGGGUGCCCAGAGAUAGAAACGGAGUUACCGCUGUGCAUCAAGGUGUACGACUACAGGAACUUCAUGACAGAUUUGCAGAACACCAACAGCCAAGGCUCCAUCAAGAAAAUCUGGGUUGGAAACGACACCAGCAUUGGCUACCUGUAUGAAAUCGACGAGGAAAAGCGUGUUGUGUCACCCUCUAUCAUCCAACAUCUGAAAGCGAUCAAGAACGACAAAGAGAUAGAAGGAAUGAUCCAGGCAAACCUUCGUGACUCUGCCGCAGUUUGUGAGCUAGCGGCAUGGAUUGAAGAGAGACUGCGAUCAAACAACAACCCAAACACUGGCCAGAUUGACCGGCUGAGCGAGAAAUUGGUUGCAGAGCAGUCGAUUGAAUUCCGCAAACGACAGGUUGGCUAUGUCAUGCCCAGUUACUAUCCCAUCGUUGGCUUUGGGUAUAACGGAGCAGUGGUCGAAUACAAUGUCUCAGACGCCUCUAACCAAGCCAUUACCUACCAGUAUCCCUUGGUCAUCGACUCUGGAGCUCAGUACUAUGAUGGCACAACACGGAUUGCCAGAACAUUCCAUUUUGGAACGCCAACUCAGUUUAUGAAGGAUGCAUAUACAAGAAUCCUGAUGGGCCACAUCGAUCUUGCUACAACGAUCAUUCGCACCGAUGUGUAUGGCCGUGACCUUGACGCCAUUGCACGUGCCCGUCUUUGGGAAAUCGGUCUGGACUAUGAACAUGAGACUGGUAGUGGUGUCGGGCAUUACCUCAGCAUCCAUGAGGGACCAAUCAGCUUCCGGCAUGGCUACAUCAUGGAGGAUCAACCAUUCUUUCCAGGAAUGUUCGUCUCCAAUGGACCUGGUUAUUACCAUGUUGACGACACAGACCUGCGGGAUCAGUUUGGUCUGCGAAUACAGAACGUUAUGCAUGUCAAGCAGAUCAGACUGGAAAAUCGCUUUGAGGACUACACCUUCAUGAACUUCGAAAUGGUGAGCUUGGUGCCCUUUGAACCCCGUUUGAUCUACUACAAUAAGCUGAGUCCACGCCAGAUUGACUGGUUGAACAGCUACAACUUGCAAGUCCGCACUUUGGUUGAGCCAUUGCUGACCACUCAGUCAGCUAGGAAGUGGCUGGAGUCAAAGACCAGGAAAAUCACCUAUGAUUACACGGUGACCGGGGGUGCCACAUGUGUUGCUGGGACAAGUACCAUCUUGAUUUUCUCAUCUCUCAUAAGUUAUCUGUUGCAAAAGUAAAGCCUUUUUAUGAUUUUUCCCCCAUGGAUUAUCACCAUGGCAAUGUAUUUUUCAUUACCGCGGUGAUGGGUUGCCAAUGUAUAUUUAGUUCCUCUGAGAUCUGUGUGGCUUUGCUAUAGUUUUGCUUCUAGUUUUUCAUGACAAUUUCCAGCAAUUCUAAUUUGUUUGAUUUUAACUGUGAAAUAUCUUGACGUGAACAAAUCAGAUGUACUCCAAGUUUCUGUAAUGUAAUUUUUUAUCAAAACAGGGAUUACUAUUGAUUACGGGCCCUUUUUUACAGUUCUAUUUUAAGGAGAUGAAUUAUCUGUAUAUUUGGAGAAAUAAGAUUUUUAAUCAGUAUGUGUAGUGUGCCAGAUGAAAAAAUACCAAUCUAAUGAUCUGUUUGGAGGCAUUUAUAGAUCCAAUUUUUAUAAGGUGUGGUACUUUUGUACAUAACUUGAUACGUGCAGAUCGAAAAGCCAUAAGUUGAUUCAUUUUCAGUGUUCAAAUUUCUUUGUAUUCUGUCAUUACAAUGACUAAUUUCUUGUGCCUGAAAUUGUUGCUCCAAUGAAGUCAUACUAUUUAUGAAAUUGUAAUUCACCUGUAAGUCUGAGAAGAAAACUGAAACGAAACAAGACUGAUUAUAUUUUUACAAGAAAUUUCUAAUUGCAUUUUAAAAACUGUGAUAAUAUUUACUUGUCAAGACAAAAUUCAAAUUUGGCUUUUAGAAAUAUUUAUGGAGGAUUUAAAAAUCAGUUGUGAUUACGUAUUCAUUCAAAGAAUAGUCUUGACAAGACUGCUGGAAAUUGUUAAUCAAAACCAAAAUGGAUUUAACAUAGGUAAGUUUCAGUAAAAAUCAUUCAUUAUUAUGCCAAAGAGGAAGUAAAAUCUAGGUAGAUGCUGUUUUUUGCAUGUUCUUCUGGCAGAAAUUCCAAAGUCUGCUGUUUAAAUUUGCAUUACUUUCCAAGUUCAUGGUGUUUGGUGUAUUUUUGAAGUUUUUCUUGUUUUGAAAGUAGACAGUGAGUGUUUCAAGUGCCAAUGACGGUGAUUUUAAGUAAUCUUUGUAACCUUUUAAUUUUGCGAAGUCUGAAUACCAGAAUGAUAUGAUUCAAAAGGAAAUUUGGUUAUUGAUAGAUUUACUGCUGUACUUUUUAUACAUGUACUUCAGGAAUUAAAUUAUAAUCUUGUGUAUAUUAGUCCAGCAUUUUGUACUGAUUUUAAAUUCCACAUAAUGUAUUCAGUUGUAAUAGUGCUUAGUUUCUCUACUUAUAUUUCUGAUUGCUGCUACUGAUUAUGUAAUUAUACGCAGGGUAAUUAAAGAAAUAAUGAGCCUAAUUUCAUGUUAACUGUACUAUUUUAAAAAAAAUAGAAAGUAACUGGUUUUCUGAAAUCAUGGAAAUUCUUACCAAGAUUUUGUGAAAUAUUUUUUUUGGAUUACCAUACCUGUCAAUAGGAAAUGGCUACAUCCUCCAUCCAUUGGCUUCCACGGGCGUCAGCUGUAGCCAUAUCACUCAGAUUUCCUUACUUCCAUUUAUCUGGUGAUAUGUGGACACACAACAAAAAACCACUCCGAAUGGGAAACAAAGAAUUUUAUAAGUUUUCUUACCAAGGAUCUGUAGGCCUACUUGCACAGAGUGCAUUUUAAAAAAUUCCAGGAUUUUUGUUUUUCCCCCUUAGCCAUGUUGAAACCUUGCCCGGUUAUGGCCGUUUUGGAUAAAAAAUAAAUCGAUUCAAUAAUUGUUUUCUUUCACUGUG